UGUGUGAGGAGGAACUGGGAAAGAGCGGAUACUUCCUGUGCUGCUGCUGCUGCUGCUGCGGCUACUGACCUAGAGAUGCGCGAAGAGGGUGAGAAAUGGAGUUUCACUGAAGAAUAAAGUAACGGACGAGACUUCAAACCCCAAAAGGGCACAGGGAAGAGCUUCGGUUUACACCGAAUCGACUUGUGAACGAGAGUGUUUUCAAGCGAUUGGCUUGAAAUGAAGCUGUUGAAGCCAAGUUGGGUCAGUCACAAUGGAAAGCCAAUAUUUUCAGUCGAUAUCCAUCCAGAUGGAACCAAGUUUGCUACAGGCGGCCAAGGGGAAGACUCGGGCAAGGUGGUUAUUUGGAACAUGGCACCAGUGCUACGAGAGGAGGACGAGAAGAAUGAGAACAUUCCCAAGCUGCUCUGUCAGAUGGACAAUCAUCUAGCGUGCGUGAAUUGUGUCCGCUGGUCGAACAAUGGCCUCUACCUCGCCUCAGGUGGAGAUGACAAACUAGUUAUGGUUUGGAAGCGGGCAGCGUUCAUCGGUCCCAGUACUGUCUUUGGAUCGAGCAGUAAACUGGCUAACGUGGAGCAGUGGAGAUGCGUGACCAUUCUGAGGAACCAUACAGGAGACGUCAUGGAUGUGGCCUGGUCCCCGCAUGAUGUGUGGCUGGCUACGUGCAGUGUGGAUAACACCAUUGUUAUCUGGAAUGCACGCAAAUUUCCCGAGAUGGUCACGUCCCUGAAGGGUCACACGAGCCUGGUGAAGGGGCUGACGUGGGACCCGGUGGGGAAGUACAUCGCCUCGCAGGGAGACGACCGCAGCCUUAAAGUCUGGAGGACCAUGGACUGGCAACUGGAGACCAAUAUCACCAAGCCCUUCAACGAGUGUGGCGGGACCACUCACGUGUUGCGUCUGAGCUGGUCUCCUGACGGGCAGUACCUGGUGUCGGCCCACGCCAUGAACAACUCGGGCCCCACCGCCCAGAUCAUCGAGAGGGACGGCUGGAAGACCAACAUGGACUUUGUCGGCCACCGCAAGGCCGUCACUGUGGUGAAAUUCAACCCCAAGAUCUUUAAAAAGAAACAGAAGAACGGCAGCUCUCAGAAAGGCAACGGACCCUACUGCUGCUGUGCAGUAGGAAGCAAGGACCGCUCCCUCUCUGUUUGGUUGACAUCGCUGAAGCGGCCCUUGGUUGUGAUCCAUGACCUGUUUGACAAGUCCAUCAUGGAUAUCACAUGGACACUGAAUGGCAUGGGGAUCCUGGUGUGCUCCAUGGACGGCACUGUAGCCUUCCUGGACUUCAGCCUGGACGAGCUGGGAGACCCCCUGAAUGAAGAGGAGAAGAACUCCAUUCAUCAGAACAUCUAUGGCAAGAGCCUGGCCAUCACCAACGUGGAAGCCCAGCUCUCCACCACCAUCAUCGAGAACCCAGAGAUGCUCAAGUACCAGCCCGACAGGCAGGGCUCCGAGCGGGUCGGCGCCAUGCCCAACGUGGGCCACGAGAACCAGACGCAUAAACUCACCAACGUGGUCAACGGGGAGUCCCUGGAAGACAUCCGCAAGAACUUGCUGAAGAAGCAGGUGGAGACCAGGACAGCAGAUGGCCGACGCAGGAUCACCCCCCUCUGCAUCGCACAGCUCGACACCGGGGAUUUCUCCCCUGCACUGUUCAAUAGCACGCCCAUCCUGCCGGGCUCCUCCAUGUCCAGUCAGCUGACGCUGCAGCUGUCGUCCGAGUCCAACGCCUCCAACUCGCUGGGCCUGCGGCCCCUGCAGGACACCUCGCCAGGCAAGGCCUCAGAGGACAACAAGGACGGUGCCAACCCAUCCGCCAACGCCAUGGGCAUGAAGAACAGUCUGUCAGCCAAGAUGGAGCCCAUGAAGGCGUUGGACUCCAGGUUCACAGAGAGGUCAAAGGUCACACCUGGCAUGGCUGCCACGGCGAUGACCCCCAUGGGCAUGUCCUCUCUAGACAGAGCCAAAGAGAGCAGCACUUUGAAGGAGGCCAAGCUGAAGGAUGAUACGAGCAGCGACAGCGAGGAGAAGAUGGUGGUAGCCAAGGCGACGUUCCCCUCGGCAGGGCCCAAGAGGAAGAGCGAGGCCACGAUGAUGAUGACGAUGGACGGAGUCGAGGUGGUGGAGAAGAGGAAGAAGGGACGGCCGCCCAAGAAAGACACCAGCAAGCUGCUCAUGCCCCUCGCGCCCUUCCCACAGCUUCCAGUACCAGUGGAGAAGGAGCCAAUCAGAGCAACACCAGCACCAGCAGCAGCAGUAGUAGCAGCCACCUCAGCAGCGCUAGUGGCCCAGCCUGCACUGCAGAUGAAACUACCCACCCCACAAGCACAGAAGUCCUUCACCUAUCAGGUGAGUGCGGACCCGUCGGUGUUCCUGGAGGUGGAGAACGAGGUGUCGUCGGUGGCCGGGGCGCGGCUUAGCCAGCUGCGCUGCAACCGGGACGGCCGGGAGUGGGACAGCAUCCUGCCCAGCCGCAUCCUCCUGGCAUCAGGCAGCCUUGAGGUGGUAGCGGUGGCGUGUGAUGACCGUACCCUGUCUGUCUUCUCUGCGUGCGGCCGUCGUCUGAUCCCCUCCAUCCUGUUGCCGGCACCUGUCUCCACCCUGCACUGCUCCAAGUACUUUGUCAUGGUGCUUACGGCUGCUGCGACGCUGUCCGUAUGGGAUGUGCAGAAGCAGAUGGCGCUUGUCAAGAAUGAAUCGCUCCACACCGUCCUCUCAGGCACAGCCAUCAGCGUGACCCAAUCCCUGCUCACUCCUCAGGGAGUGCCCGUCAUCGGCCUGUCCAAUGGGAAGUCUUACUGUUUCAGCGCCGCCUUAGAGACCUGGAACCUGAUAGCGGACAAGCAGGACUCGCUGCUGCAGGGUGCUGACUUCAGGAACUGCCUGACGUCCCAGGAUGCACUCUGCUCCACCGGCCCCCUGGCCAUCAUGCAGGGCCCCAGCAUCAGUGCGGGUCGGUUGGCGUCGCGGCUGUCCGCCACCCCUCACCACCUGCAGCAGGGCAUGACGCUGGCCUUCCUGGAGAACCAGCUGGCCUCCGCCCUCACGCUCGCCUCCGCGCCCGAGUACCGCCACUGGCUCAUCAUAUACACGCGCUUCCUCGUCAACGAGGGUUAUGAACAGCGGUUGCGUGAGCUGUGUAAAGACCUUCUGGGACCGGUACACAAGUCCACCCACACCUCCUGGGACUCCACUAUUCUGGGCCUGCGUAAGAGGGAUCUGCUGCUGGAAGUUCUCCCGGUCAUCGGGCAGAACCUGCGGUUCCAGCGCCUCUUCACAGAGUACCAGGACCAGCUGGAGAUGCUACGGAACAAAUAGCACCUUUCCUUGGUGUGGUUCUCUUAUCGACGGGCGGUUCUCUUCAGUGGGUUACUGUAUGUGUUUUGGGUUGGGGGGAGUGGAUUGGGGAGAAAGAUGGCUGUCUGUCUUUUGUUGUUGUCCUCUUUUGCAUUUGGCGGUCUGGGCCACUGGGCCAACUUUGGUCAUCAGGCUGCCUGCGUUAUGGUGCUCUCUCUCUCUCUCCUGGGACACGUGCCUCUCUCCACUCACCCCCUUCCAUCCCUCCCCGGUUCCCCCAUACCCCCCACGUCAGACUCUCCAUCCCCUUAGCUCCCCCCAAAGGAAAGCACUGUCCAUAGGACGGCCGUUGAAUUGAAUUAAUUUUCUGUAAAAGUCAAUAAUGAUGCUAUUAUUAUUAUUGUUAAUGAUGACAAUGAUUUAAUGAUGAUUAUGAUGAUAAUGAUGACAAUACUAAACUUAAUGGUCUUUUUUUUCUCCUUGUAUUUUACUGUCAAUGAAAAAUGUGUACAAACGAAUGAAUGAAUGAAUGAAUGAAUGAAUGAAGUGGUGCCAAUGAUGUAUAGAAUGACCUGAGGAGAUCCCAUGUACAAGUUGUCAUGAGUGGACUCUCAGACCCCCACCCCACCCCACCCCAUCCCCCCAAAAAAAGAAUCUCCACAUGUUGCCCCUUAAACCAAAAUCUCCUUCAUACAACUCUGUCGCCUCGACCACACCCAACCCCCAAUCCCCCCAGACCAGCACCCCACCCACACAGACUGCGACUCUGAUCACAUCUUCAAUGACGUGCCCUACAGGCGGUUGGAAACGCCUGUCUGGCGACAAGACAUGUGACCGAUAACAGGCUUGCGCAUGAAAACGAGGUUGGCUUGGAGAUGAAGCAAGAAGAAGUUUUGAACUGAAUCGCCUGCUGCUUUGGCAACAAAAAAAAAGAUUAUCCCCUCUUCCACCCCUUUUCAGGAAAGGGAAGAGGGCGUAAAGCACUAUGAUGGGACACUGUCGGACUCUCAUGAUUGACGGCACUAAAAAGGGGGGUGGGGAGAUGUGGUUGGGUGGAGGAAGAGGAGGAGAAAAAGGAGGGCAGACGUGUUUCCCUGUGCCCUUCUCGCCACUCUUAAGCCCCCUCUGCUCUUUGUACAGCUUCUCUCUGUUAGACAUUUGUAAAUGUUUGUAUAAGACCCUUUUUUUCCAUGUUUUUUCUUUUUUUUUCUUUGUUGUUUGUUUUUUUUUCUUUGUGUUUUUCAAGUUUUUCUAUGAAAUUGGGGCAAAGCUGCAGUUAGGGCGGGAAAAAAAUAAACAAUUGACUAAU